AUGUUGAGAACCACCCCGCUCAGCAGGCCCGUUUCCCGGGCCAGCAGACUGCUCUACACGUCCGUUUUGGACUCCGACAUCAACAUCACCCGCAACGGAAAAGUCAACGUGGCCGUGGGCCCCGGCGGCCGCUCGUCACGCACGGGCUACACCGCCACUGUUUUCGGCGCGCUGGGCUUCUUGGGCCGCUACUUGACGUCCAAGUUGGCCCGCCACGGCACCAACGUCGUGGUGCCGUUCCGCGACGACUUGAAAAAACGCUUUUUGAAGGUCACGGGCGACUUGGGCGUGGUCAACUUCGUCGAGUUCGACCCCCGCAACUUGCGCUCCGUCGAGGAGCUGGUGGCGCACUCGGACAUCGUGUUCAACUGCAUCGGUGCGGACUACUGGACGAAGAACUUCUCCAUGGCCGACGUCAACAUCGGCAUCACCGAGCGCAUCACGCAGGCGGUGAAGGACGCCGGCUGUGCCCGCUACGUGUACGUGUCCUCGUACAACGCCAACCCGGCGUCGGACUCGAUCUACUACGCCACCAAGGGCAUUUCCGAGCAGGUGGUCAGGGGCAUCUUGCCGGACAGCACCAUCGUGCGGCCCGCGCCCAUGUUCGGGCGCGAGGACUCGUUGUUAAACUACUUGGGUCCCAAGUUGAAGAUGUGGACGCCCAACAGAAACGCCAAGGAGAUCUACCCCGUGCACGUGAUGGACGUGGCCAAGGGCUUGGAGAAGAUCGGCUACGACGACUCCACCGCCGGCCAGACGUACGAGUUGUACGGCCCCGAGAAGUUGUCUUUCUUGGAGAUCCGCAAGAUGAUCCACGGAAUCACCCAGGACUACACACAGCUCGGGCCCUUGUCGUACAGUUUCGGCGACUACAAGGUGCCCUUGGCGUUGGCCAAGCUCGUGGCGCAGGCCAAGCAAUACAUCUACUGGAAGCAGACCAACCCCGACCAGAUCCAGAGACACUUGAUCGACCAGACCAUCGACCCUUCCGCCAAGAACUUCCACGACUUGGGCAUCACGGACUUGGACCAGUUGGCCAACGUCUUGUUCACAUACGUCAAGGGGUGGAGACACCCUUUGAUUGCCCAGCAAGGCAGCUUGACCAAGAAGGAAGCGCGCAGAUUGCGUGAGCAACAGCACUUCACCUGA